GGGAGCCGGGUCGCCGUGCAGCUGCGGCGCUGAGCCUGGCUCACCGAGUGCUCGAGGGAGCAGGUUCCGGGCCUGAGCCGGCGCUUUACAGACAGUGAGCUAGCUGAGGGAAAGAAGCAGAUCUCUCUGUUCAUCGAGUUCUCCCCUCCUUCAGGAAGUCUUCACUCACCAUCUCAGCCCAUGCCGGGUGUGCCUCCUGUGGAUCUGCAGAGCUUGUUGUGUUUCCCCCAUUGCAGCCUGGCCCCUCUGCCUCUACCUCUCAGAUAAACGAGUGUGUUCCACAUUUGGUAUCAUAGCCCUGUGUCAUGGAUGAGGAUACAGAAUCACAGGUAAUUUGGGUGAUUUGUCCAAGUCAACAACUAGUGAGAAAAUAAGCAGGAAUUUGGGCAGCUUGAAUCCAUGGCCUGUGUUCUUAUCCAACUAUGCCAGAUGCCUACCGGUCUGAAAACCAGCUUUCCAUGAGGUUAUCUUCCUGCUCUUUCCCCCAGACUUGUUCCUUCCUCCUAGAAAGGUUCGGGAGCUCUGGGCAUAGGGGAGGAGAGCAAGCAGCAGGGUGGGGAAGGUAAGAGGAGUGGGAAGAAGGGUUUUGAAGAGAGUGGGGUUUUGAGGGGUUUCUCUAGACCCAUAGGGGGCAGCCGGAGUCGGCUGUCGGAGGUGCGGGGGCGGAGAAAGGGUGGGGACCAGCCCCGCGGGGGGCGAUGCGGUAGCUGCAGCGGCGGCCGCAGGAGUUUCCCACAAUGCAGCGCGGCGCGCUGUCCCCGGUGCUGAUGCUCAGCGCUGCCCCGGAGCCUCCGCCGCGCCCGCCUCCCGCCCUUUCCCCGCCGGGCCCCAGCCCCCGCCAUGGAUCGGCCCGGUCCAGUCCUACCCCAGAAGCGUCGGGAGCCCUGGGUGCGGCGCUCGACAGCAGCCUGCGGGCCGCCGUGGCGUUUAAGGCGGAGGGUCAGCGCUGCUACCGGGAGAAGAAGUUCCGGGAAGCCAUCGGCAAGUAUCAUCGAGCGCUACUGCAGCUGAAGGCGGCGCAGGGAGCCCGCCCUGGAGGCCUGCCCGCCCCCACCCCCGGGCCCGCCACCAGCCCCGGGCCAGCCCGCCUCAGCGAGGAGCAGCGGCGCCUGGUGGAGAACACAGAGGUGGAAUGUUACGACUCUCUCACGGCCUGCCUCCUGCAGUCGGAGCUGGUGAACUAUGAGCGGGUGCGCGAGUACUGCCUCAAGGUGCUGGAGAAGCAGCAGGGCAACUUCAAGGCUACCUACCGCGCCGGCAUUGCCUUCUACCACCUGGGCGACUAUGCACGCGCCUUGCGCUACCUGCAGGAGGCCCGCAGCCGGGAGCCCACAGACACCAACGUCCUGCGCUACAUCCAGCUGACUCAGCUCAAGAUGAACCGCUGCAGCCUCCAGCGGGAAGACAGUGGGGCCGGGCCUGGGACUCGGGACGUCGUUGGCUGAGGCCAACCUGGGGGAGUGUCCCUACUCCCCCCUUCCCCAUCCCACCUCACCUGACCGUGUAAUUUCCCCUGACUCAUUCAUACCGAGUUCUCUGGUAAAGCACUCAUCACUGGUGACCAUAA